CACCAAUUCCGUCUGGUCUCUUCUCUCAACUCCAUCUCCUCCCCUAAUAGACCUCUCAAAUUCCAGACUCUACCGAUCUCGGCUUCUUUGAAAUCUUCAUCGCCCAAUUCAGAAGAAGAGCCUCCCCAAUCUGAAAAAAAUAAUGCUGUCAAGCUUGCAUUCGCCAAAGCCAAGGCCUACAAGAAAGACGUAAAAACCAGUCCCGUUCCAAAGAUCAUUCAAACUCCGGUUCCAGAAUCUGCAGAAAUAGAAAACCGGAGUGGUGGGUUGAAAGAAGAUGAUAAGCUUAGCGAGCAAGUGGAGAUACCUCCUGCAGUCAAGCUUGCAUUCGCCAAAGCCAAGGCCUACAAGAAAGACGUUAAAACCAGUCCUGUUCCAAAGAUCAUUCAAACUCCGGUUCCAGAAUCUGCAGAAUUAGAAAACCAGAGUGGCAGGUUGAAAGAAGAUGAUAAGCUUAGCGAGGAAGUGGAGAUGCCUCCUGCAGUCAAACUUGCAUUCCAGAGAGCAAAGGAGUAUAAGAAGAACAAAGAAGAAGCUUUGGGAAAGUUUGCACGUUCACAAGGCAGUGGUGCAGGGGUUAAUGACAAAGUAAUAGUGAUGGGUACCGGGAAUGGUUUACCCAAAAGGAAGGAAGGCAAGAAAGAAGAAGUGACGGUUUCGAGCACUGAUUUUAUGGGGCUUAAUUUUUCUGAUAAAAAGGGAGGGAGGCGAGUGCCAGCUGGGCUGGUCCCAAUAUCGGACCCUUUCCCUGAAGGCAAUUUUCCGGAGGUAGAAAUACUAGUUGGGGAUGCUAGUAAGUUUGGAGAGGUAACCAAGCCUGAACCUGUCCAGGAGGAUCGGACGGAUGUCUACAAGCCGAAGGUCUCCACAUGGGGUGUUUUCCCCAGGCCUACCAACAUUUCCAAAACUUUUGGUGGUGGAAGGACUCUUAAGCCUGGUGAGGAACUUGAAACAGCAGAAGUGAAAGCAGCUAAAGAUGCACGAACAAGACAGCUCCUUGUUGCCUACAAGUCAAAAAUGGGCAUGACCGUUGAUCCAAGACUUGAGCUUGAAAGCGAGAAGCACUGUUGUGCUUAGUCAUUAAGGGAUGGCGACAGGUUGAUGGAAGUUGGGAAGCUAAGAGAAGCAAUACCAUUUUAUACAAAAGUAAUGGAUGACCUGCCAUUCCAGAAUGAACUUCAUGGACUUGCUGCUUUGCAGUGGUCUAUCUGUCAAGACUCACUCCUAAGGCCAAACGAAGCUCGAAACAUGUAUGAAAAACUUCAGUCGCACCCUAGUGUUCAAGUAAGCAAAAAAGCACGACAAUUUGCUUUCAGCUUUCAGGCAAUGGAAAUGAUGAAGAUUACAGGCUCAACCACUUUUCCGGUGGGCACGGGCUAUCAAAGUUACUUUAAUGCUUUUGUAAAAGACGAGACCAGCUACCCUCUUAAAGAAGCUGAAGUUGAUGAAGGUUUUGGACUUGUUGAAGCUCUCGCCUACAUCGUCUUUCUUAUUUCCCCAGUAUUUAUCGUAAUAUUCAUUGCUAUACGAAAGGGUAUUUGAGCAGCUGAUGUUUUCAUCCUUUUAAUUCAAACAUGGAUCACACACAACAGUGCAUGAAUACCCUCACCCGAAACAGAACUCGGUCUCUAUCGUCUCUACACAUCAUUAUCUUAUGGACGAUAAAUUUCAUUUUUCCCAUCUUCCUUUCUCACAAUCUGGGGCAGAGCCAAUGGGGUAAGGGUGGUCAGUUGACCCCUCUGAAAAUUAGAGAAUGUGGAACACUUAAAUACCUUCCCUUUAUAUUAAAUUAUUAAUUAUUU